AUGAGGAAAGAGAUAGCCGCUAUUGUGAACAGAUCAGUUUCAGAUGUCUGUGCAACAUGCCAUGUUCAUGCUACAUGUCAUCAAAUUGAAGGAAAAAGUGUCUGCAUCUGUAACUACGGGUUUGUAGGCAAUGGAAGAACCCAUUGUCAAGACAAAGAUGAAUGCCAGAUCGGAGCCAGCAAGAUCUGUGGAAAUUAUACACUAUGUCAUAAUACACAUGGAAGUUUUUACUGUGUUUGCCUUGAUGGAUACCGAGCCUCGAACAACAACAAGACAUUUAUUCCCAACGAUGGCACUAACUGUACAGAUAUAGAUGAAUGUGAGGAAUCUGGGCUGUGUGGUCUCAAUGCAAGAUGUGUGAAUACUGAAGGAAGCUACAAGUGUUACUGCAAUGAUGGUUAUAAAUUAGAGAACGGAGAGCAUUCCUUUCAUCCAGAUGGGAACAUGGUUUCAUGCAAAGAAAUUGGAUGUGGUUCACCUCCUGGAAUGAAGCAUGGCUACAUUGUGGGAAACUACAGCUUGCUUCCAGGAAGUGUGGUUCAUUAUGAAUGUAAAGAAGGGUUUUACAGCAAUGAGGCAAAGCUCUCAUAUUGUACUGGAAAUGAAACUUGGGAACCUGCCACUUUAAGCUGCAAAGGUGUGGACUGUGGGGUUCCACCUUCUGUCUUAAAUGCGCAUCCAGCAUUUCUGAGUGGGACCACCUAUGGAAGUGAAGUUACUUACGGCUGUGCUCAUGGUUACUUUAUUGCAAGUGGCAACCAGACUGCAGUCUGUAAUGCCAAAGGACAGUGGGAUGGUGCAGAUCUGGUGUGCAAAGAAAUAGACUGUGGCAAACCUUUGCUGAUUCCACACACAGAAAUGAUCUGGUACAACUCUACUAAUCUGUGGAGCAGAGUGUACUAUCAGUGUAAAGAAGGAUAUUAUUUUGAUGGAGACAGGAAUUAUUCAGAAUGCACAAUGGAUCAGUCAUGGGAAAAUAUCACAUAUGUAUGCAAAGAGGAGGAAUUGUUCAGUAAUUUGUCCAUAUUCAAUGAAACGUGUGUGAAGUGGCAAAGGAAAACUGGAAGACUGGGAGUGCAAGAGAUUUAUACAUUUCACAUACUGGGCCAAAGAUGGGAUGAGAAGACAUUCUCAGAAGAUGCAGUAUUUAACAUCACUACAAGUGAAGAUAAUCCAAAGGUGUGUUUAGAUCUCAACUCUGGCAGUAACUACGUGGUGAAUAUUACUACCAUCUCUACCACAAACAUCACUGUCUCAGUUACAGUAGCAGUUCAGACAAAGGUAAAGGAACCUUUCAAUAAUGUAUUAAUUUUUAAUGAUACCUGCUUGAAAUGGAGGAGAAAUGUCAGGGGAACUGAUGUGGAAGACAAAUACUUGUUUCAUGUGCAAGGCCAGCGUUGGUAUCAGAAGGAGUUCUUCCACGAAAUGACCUUCAACCUUACCACAUGCAAGCAGGCUCCAGAAGUUUGUUUUGAAUUGCAGCCAGGCACAAAUUACUCUAUUAAUAUUUCCAUGGCAGCUUUGAAUUUUUCGCUACUUGUUUCCAUGACAACACAAAUCACUGAUCCCCCUUUCCCAGAUGUAAAAUUUGUUGCAGUCAAAGGUUCUGCACCUUUGCUCAGACUCCGGAAAGCAGAAGAUCGAAAUGGACCCAUCAGUCUUUAUCAAGUGAUUGUGCUUCCUCUGGGUUUGCAAAACACUUUUAUUUGUGACUCCUUUGCUGCUGCAACUUUCUUUAGCAACACCACUGAUGUUAAAGGAUAUGUGGCAGCUGAAUUUCAGGCGAAGGAUGUUGCUGAUAACAUGUCAAUUGCUCUUGGAGACAGACAUUACUACGGGAAGUUUUAUAAUGCUCCUUUAAAGCUGGGAGAAGAGUAUUGUGUUUUUUUGAGAGUAAUAAGUGAGUGGAAUAAGGUGACAACACAGUCUUGUGCUGUUUGGGCACAAAUUAAAAAUUUAUCACCCACUCUGCACUACAUGACUGCUGUUGGAUUAGGGUCAGUUGCUGCUGUCUGUCUUAUACUGUUCCUGUCAUUUUCUGCAGCAUGCUCUUAUCUCCACAGCACAGUGCACUCCCCACCUGCUGCUGUAGCCUGUGAGGCUGUACAUCUGUCUGCUACAAUGGACAUGGCACAAACAAGGAUUACAUCAUCAUUCCUAGAGACUGAAAAUGAUUCUCUUCUGUGA